AUGCCGUUGUCUAAGGCUUUGUCGAAAAUUCAGAAAAAUCAAAAGGGCAAGAGCGUCGCAGUGCAUCCAAAGGGCCGUAAGUUCCAGAAAUUGACCACGGCGACGCUGCGCGAGGACAAAAUCGCUGCGAAAAAACGGUUACACAACGAGCGCAAAAGUCAUGAACUCAGUAGAGUCAAAUUUUUGCAGGAUGUGGUGAACAUGGACACUUUCAAAGACAGAGAAACGUUCACGUUAGAGGAAAUGCUUCUGUUUGCAAACCAGUUCAUUGGUCGUGAUGACGAAGAGCUGGAUGAGCUCAAGAAGAAAAGAAGAUCCAACAGACCGCCUUCUAACAGACAGGUUGCCUUGCAGCAGAGAAGAGACACGGAAGUGAAAGAGUUGCAGUCUGGAUUUUUGGUACCGGAUCUGACAGAGGCUGCUAAUGUUGAGUUUUUGAGACGUUGGAAUCAAACCUUUGGAUCUAUGAACACUUUGCAGCAGAUCAGAAUCAACGAUAAGGCCGAAAGAGUAGUUGGAGGCAACAAAAGUGCUCAGAAGGGCUCCGCAGAUGUAGACAUGAACUAG